AUGGUGAACGCGAUCAAGGUCUUCAAGAAAAAAUCUCCAAAUGAGAAGAUCACGGCCUACCUGAGCCAGCGCGACUUCUCGGACCGCCGGACGCACACCGAUCCCGUCGAUGGCGUGGUCGUGGUGGACGGCGACUUCCUGCAGGAUCGUAAGGUCUUCACGAGGGUGGUGCUCACGUACCGCUAUGGCAGGGAGGAGGACGAGGUCAUGGGACUCAAGUUCAGCAAGGAGUUCGAACUUGUCCACGCCGAGGUCGUCCCUCUCGACGGCGAGAAGGGACUCACCGACCUGCAGGAGAAGAUCGUCAAGAAGAUAGGAGGUAACGCGACUCCCUUCCGCGUCGCCCUGCCCGACCCGGCGCCCUGCUCAGUCACGCUCGACCCCGGCAGCGAUGAAUCGAGUAAGAUGCUGGGCGUUUCAUACGAACUGAGCUUCUACGUGGCCGGGGCCAAGGAGGAGUCCCCGAAGCCGCAGGACACCGUCACCUUCUCCGUGCGCAAGGUGCAGUACGCCCCGAUCAACCCUGACCACCGCCAGCCCCAGCUCCUCGUCCGCAGGAACUACUCCCUCUCCCCGGGCAGCCUCAUCCUCGACGUCAGCCUCGGCCGCGACAUCUACUUCCACGGGGAGGAGAUCGAGGCCCACAUCACCAUCAGCAACAACUCGAAGAAGAGCGUGAAGUCCAUCGCCGCCGAGGUCAUCCAGCACGUGGACAUCACCAUGACCAACAUGUACUACACGCGCGCGGUGGCCUCCCUGGAGUCGCGCGACGGCUGCCCCAUCAUCCCCGGCGCCUCCCUCUCCCGCUCCAUCGCCCUCAGACCCGUCAUCGCCAACACCAUCGCCAGUCGCUUCGGGGUCGCCCUCGACGGCCAGGCCAAGGACAAGGACGCGAGUCUCGGCUCCUCCACCCUCUGCAACGCCAACAGUAGCGCCAACGACUGCCUGGGCAUCCUGCUCUCCUACUCCUUCCGCCUGAGACUCAACUGCGGUGCCAUCGGGGGGGCGAUAUCCUGCGACCUGCCCUUCAAGCUGAUGCACCCCGACCCCUCGGCGCCGACGGAGGAGGACGACCUCGAGUUCGAAGACUUCACUCGACUCCGGCGCGGAAAGUCCUUCGAAAGCUCCGGAGAAUAA